UUAUUUUUCGAUCUAAUGUAUUUAAUAAUAAGUGCAAGAAAAAACUUUCAUCACAAAUAGUAUCUGGAAAACCAAAUGCUUCAGAUGUUUUGACAGCGCAUCUACGUCAAAGGAACUAUCCACAUUGGACCUCUUAUUUUGUAAAGCAAAUAGUGUUAAGAAUGACCAAUUUGGAAAAUCUCAUUUCAAUUGGUCAGUUGAUUCAGUAAACUACCAUGUCUUACGAACUGGAUGUUGGCCAUUCUUAAAAUACCAUUGUACAAAGCGUCCAUAUGAAGAUCUCCGGUGGGAUAAUUGUUUUUUCGGGUUUUUAAAAGUCAUCAAUUUUGGUAUUCCCUGCUUUGCUUAUGGAGUCGGCUCUUGGUUUCUAAUCACUUUUGAAGAAAGGUUAAAACAAAAUAUGGCAAUGUAACUGUUUAUUUUUUAUAUAAAGAAGAUAAAGAUGCUAGAUAUUGAUAUUGUUACUUACAGUUACCUUGUGAAUACCUGAGGCAUUCUGUCUAAUGUGGAUUUACCUCAUCCAUUUUCAUUACAACAGUGUAAUCUAUGGCUGAGUUUUCACGAUGGAAAGCAGCUGCACUUGCUAAAGCAGAUUUAAGCAGGAAAGGAAGCAUAGAUUCUGCAAUUGAAAACGUUGUACAUUUUAUUAAUGGGCAGUCUGGUUAUUUCACCACGAGUUCUUGCUCUGGAAGAAUAUUGCUAUGUUCUGAUGCUCGCACAAAUAAUACCAAGAAAGGCUGUCAAUGGUACUUUGUAUCCCAUGAGAUUGUAAACCCUGUGGAUGUAAUUGAAAACUUAAAGAACAUUCAAGGGCCAAGCAAACUAAAAUUUGAACUUGUUAUGCAUGUGCAAUGCAAUAAUAUAGAAGCAGCCAAGUGUUUUCAUCAAGCAUCUGUAGCUGGAUUUCGUAACUCUGGAAUAAGCUUGGAAAAGGGGAGAAAAAUCAUAUCAGCUGUAAGAGGAACUGCUUGUUUGGAAGGAAACCGAAUAACUGAUGAUAAAUAUGUUGACUAUAUCAUAGAAACCGCAAAUAGAAAACUCCACCGGAACUUCGAAAUGAUCAAAGUUUUUGAAAGUGAAUUGAAAAAGACUCUUCCAAGUUAAAAUUUUGGCAAAAAAAGUUUUUUAUGAAGAUGGGUGUUAUUGUAGAAUCGCAGAUAUACCUGAGUGAAUGAUGAGGAGCCUUGGAUGGUACUGAAGGUUUUGAAGAUGCUGAUGAAUGAGAGGCAAACUGAAGAAUGUUGCUUAGACACUUCUGAUGUUGUGCAUCAUGCGCAAAUCAUUUGGCUACACAUAAUCUUCAUUUGGUAUCCGACAUGCAGCAUUAAUAUUAAUGGCAAAUUAUUGAAUUCUAUUUUCAUCAUUCUAUGCCAAGGACCACCAAACUACAGCCCACAGGCCGAAACCGACCAGUGGCGCCCUUUCAUCUAGACCGCGAUAACACGAACAAAGUUUUGUCCGAAUUUUUUUUCUAUGAGAUGUUUCCCCUAGAAUCGAUUUCCUUGUUUAUUUCGUAACAUUGAGCAAUCAGCAGGAUGCAAAAAACGACUUAACAAUAAAAUAAGCCUUUUCGCAUCAACUCAGACAGAUUUUCAGUCGUAGUUGUGAACAAUACCUCGUUUUUGCAAUUUUGAAUGCAAUUCGUUAGUUUUUGGCUGUGUUUCGGAAAUUUAAGUAUGAAUCAAAUAAGUCAAUCAUCAUUUUGUCAUCUUAGGAGUUGUAUUAUGGUUGCAGUGAUCCAAAAUUAUUCUAGGAAUAGCUGUGAUGGAAUAGGCUAAAAUUCUCUACGGGUACGCAACAUUUUUUGCGAAGAAUGUACGCUCCGGCGCGUGCUUUCGGCGAAACUGUUACUGUGUACGUUUCUUGUGCCAAAAUGAACGUAUACGUGCAUUUUGCGCUAAUAGUACUGUAAUCUCUCGUGUACUGCUCCGAAUUUCACAAGUCACAUUAACUUUUGUACUGCUUACAUGCGGCUAUGCAUGCCAGCGAUGUUUUGCUAACAGCUAACCUCAGGAUAGUUUUCAAGAUCUAGACAUCUUGUAUAUUUGUUUUGCUAUGAUGUUCUCAAUCUAUAUUCUGCGAUAUAGAAUUUGAUAUUCAAAUCUUCAGAAAUGUAGAAUUCAUAUUGUUGGAUAAAUUAAAUGGAUUUCCCAACUUUGUGAA